AUGUCUAUCACAAAGCUUCCGCUCCAGCACCUUACCGCCCGACUUGUCAUCUCCCCAGCACCGACUACUCUGGGCGAAUCAACUGCUGUCCUAAAGAAGCUCCAGUCCCUCGGCCCAGUCCUCUCCUUCAAGACGCGUCAGGCCUCUGUUCCUCGCAAUACUGAGCAGCUAGACGUGGACAUCGUUUUCUCGUCCCGUGCCACCCUCGAGAAAGCCCAACAGGCAAGCCCCUUCACCGUCAAAGUGAACUACCAGCUUCCCGAUCCGAAGCUUCAAGAUCCCUACAAUGUUCGCAAUCUCCAGUCGAGACGACAGCCCCAGCCCAAGAGCAUGACCUGUCGCGUCCAAUCCCACGAUGGGUGCCAGCUUCCCGGCCAGAAUAUCCUGUCUAAUGGCUUCUCGCCGAGCCUCAAUACCAGGUUACAUCAAAGUCUGACUGAUUUGAAUCCACCACCUGGUAUUGCGGCUGGGCUGGGUGUCUUUGACGCUGACAGCAUGUACCUUCGUUCAACCGCUCAGCUUGUGGAUAAGCCUCCAGAGCUGAUGCAAAUGUAUCGGUCCCAAAUUUCGGAUCAAACCAAAAAUCAUUCGGCAUCGUCGGCGAGCUCUGUCGUACAUGGUGAUUUACCAGGAACCCGACGGUAA